AUCAACGUCACUUUCCCGGAAAGUGGCCAGCUGUGCUACAGACGUAGCCGAGGCUAAAAACGAAUAGAAUUAAUUCCACCGGUUUUAUUAACGUUUUGCGAUCAAAUACAAAAAAACACAGAGUUACUUCCUCGAUGGAAAGAAUGCUGGACUUGAGGCUCGGUAAAGCAGGACAUCUAGACUGAUGGCAGCUGUAACGGUGUUGCGUCACGUCAGCGCUAGUCCUCUGCUAUGGGGAUGGGGGCCUGUACUCUUCGUCCUGUUGGGCUCAGUGUUGGUUCUGCUGCUGCCUCUGGUGGGUGUGGAGGAGAAUUGCUGCGCCAAACUGAGAGGCAUCUCCCUCUUGCGCUGCCAUCUGUGGGGCAACACCCAUCGUGCAGUGGGGCACUCCACCAGCCUCACUGUACCCUACACUGCACUUGAGCUACUACCACAAAAGUCCAAGCCCAGUAAAGAGUCACAGUUAGAAGCGAAGGCAGCUCUUCAGCAGGCCCUAGAGAUGAAGAAGCAAGGGAAAAGGGAGAAGGCGCACAAACUUCUCAUCCAUGCGCUCAACAUGAACCCAGAUUUUGUGGAUGCCCUGACCGAGCUAGGUACCAUCCUAGAGGAGAAUGACGUGGUCCAGGCCGAGCACCUGUACAGCAAAGCGCUCGCCAUUUCGCCCUGCCACCAAAGGGCGCUGGUGAGCCGUGAUCGCACACUCCCCCUAGUGGAGGAAAUUGACCAGCGUCACUUUGGCAUCAUCGACGCCAAAGUGCAACGUCUCAUGGCCAUCCCAAAAGGUAAUUCUGCUCUUAGACGGGUCAUGGAGGAGACGUAUUACCACCAUAUUUAUCAUACGGUGGCCAUCGAGGGCAACACGCUGACUCUGUCUGAGAUCCGGCACAUCAUCGAGACACGCUACGCCGUCCCGGGGAAGAGCCUGCACGAGCAAAACGAAGCUAUCGGUGUUGAUGCCGCCAUGAAGUACAUCAACACCACGCUACUGUCGCGCCCUGGUGCCAUCAGCGUCAAUGAUAUCCUGGAGAUCCACCGGCGAGUGCUGGGAUACACCGAUCCAGUUGAAGGGGGGCGAUUCAGGGUGAGCCAAGUGUUUGUAGGCCACCACAUUCCACCACAUCCGAGCGAGGUGGAGCGCCACAUGCAGGAGCUAGUGCAGUGGCUUAAUUCAGACGAAGCGCUGCACCUUCACCCGGUGGAAUUUGCUGCUCUGGCACACUACAAACUCGUCUACAUACACCCUUUCAUAGAUGGGAACGGAAGGACGUCAAGGCUUCUGAUGAACUUGGUGCUGAUGCAGGCAAAUUACCCACCAAUCACCAUCCGGAAAGAGCAAAGGGCCGAGUAUUACGCCGCCUUGGACACGGCUAACGAGGGUGACGUUCGGCCAUUCAUCCGCUUUAUUGCCAAAUGUACGGAGAUCACGCUGGACACACUCCUUAUAGCUACCACUGAACAUGCAGUGGGUUUGCCUGAUGCUAGCAAUCAAGCUUGUCCAAAUUGUAGACAGACUAUACCGGUGCAUAACUGAUGUGAUCUGUGACUUAGUCGUGUCAUUUUUGGACCCUCGGUCUUCUCGCUAGUUAUCAUUAUUACAUCGCUUGUAAAGACCAGCAAAACUGGUCUUUACAAGUUGAAGGCGAAUCAACAAAUCAGUCACACGCUUGGCUCGUCUGAGUAGAGAAACUUCGUGUGUUCAUGUUCAGUCCAGCUGCACUUCAAAACACCAUUCUGAGCCAGAAUCAUGCUGCCAUUUUAUAAUUCCACGAUCGUUUGAUGUUCCAGAUGUUGCAUCGUUUAUUCCAAUAGUAUGAAAUCUGCUAUAGUUUAGUUCGUAUUUUCUGAUGUACAUUGUUCUUCUGUUUUUGUUUUCUUUCUUGGGAUUUCAAAGUUCUAGGGAGCAAAUCAGCUCAUCAUAUCAGAAUUAGAUACAGCUGGUGUGAUUGUAGAACUCCAAAUCAUUGCUUGUCUCUCAUUCAAGCUGUUUCCCCAUUUUGUCAUUUCAUGUCACUUUUACAGUCAUAACAGCUACAUUUUAUUUAUUUAUUCUUUUGUUGUAAUAGUUGACCAUUAUAUUGGGAAUGCAUAAAAAUCUGUUAUUGUCAGUGCUCUUGAAAUUUGAGGGUUUUUUUUUUUUUGCCUAACGGCUAACAAUCAUUUGUGCUAACAAACAUUUUUAUAGUUAGCUAUUUAACAGUGUUUAUCUGAAUUAAACCAUUUUAUUUUUUAAUUUCAAAAUUAUUUUUAAAUUCUCAAAGAAUUCUGUGAGAUUCAUGUGUAGGGCAUUUUAUUUGGUACCAAUAGUUGAAGUAAUCACCAUUUUUUUUUUUUUUUUUUUUUUU